UCUGGAUCUGGAAAAUGCACGCGAUAUAUGUGGAAUAAUGGGCAGCAUUUAUUGUGGCAGCACAUCACAGAGAUUUUCUAUCAGGAUUUAGACAAUGGCUUGAAGCUGUUGCCUAGGCUGUCAUAUGAGCAUGUAAACCUGACCCCGUAUUUUGUCAUGCGGGUGAAUCUUGCUGCAAAAGUCCUGAGUGCAUCAGUUGCUGCAGUUCAGAAGACGUUUGGACCUCCAGGCACAGCAGGAACUGCAAAACUCUGUGAAAUGAUCGAUGGCUUCUUUGAUUGUCUCGAUGUGAGAAGCAUGGCAGAGCAUCAGAGAAAGCGCAAACCAUUCUUGGCUCCUUAUACUUCUGUUAAUGACGAAAGAUUUGCAUGGUUGAUGGAGUUCCUAGACUAUCUGAGGACUUGGAAAGAGAACGUUGACAACAGACCGGGUAACUUCACCCAGAAUACCAGAAAGCGAAUGUUUCUCUCAUGGCAGACAUAUGAGGGCUUCUGCAUAUCUGUACAUUCUGCUGUCGAGGUGACAAAAUUCUUGCUCCAGGAAGGGUUUGAAAUUGUCCUCACAGAACGGUUCUGCCAGGAUCCAGUAGAGGAGUACUUCGGGGGCCAGUGGAAACUGGGUAGACGCAGUGACAACCCUGAUUUAAAAACAUUUGGGUAUAACAGCAACACACUAAGAAUGCAGAGAACAGUGUCCUGUCAGAGUGGCUAUACAAGGGGCCGAAAGGACAAGACACGAGCCUGGGAACAAGUUACUGAUGUUAAGUUACCAUGUAGAGAAAAACUGAAACUGUAGUUAAGGAGAAAGCUGGGAUGCAAUAUCUUGGCGGUUAUGUUACACUAGUUGAUGACCAAUUAACUUUAAGGGCCAAGUUAAUUCUUUUUUACGAAAGGAACUUUAUUUAGACACAGUCCUUUUGUUGUCACUACAAACUCCUACCCUUGUAACUGCAUUGAAAAGUCAAAUGAAAUAUGUAGAUGGUUACAAUUUGGUAAUGACAACAAAUUGAAAGGAACAUUGCUUUCUGUCAUUGUUAUGUGAACGUGCACUAAAAAAUCUUCAUCAACUGACAUGAGAUAAUUGUAUCUAUAAUACAAAAUGUACACUUAUGCUAUGUGAUUAAUAUAAUCUCCUCAAUGAUGA